GCCCAACUAACAGCCCAAGUUGUCGCAUAACAUCAUGGCCACAAUGAUAAUCUUCCCAGCCCUCUUCUCCCUCCUCCUCCUCCCUCCACCCGCGGCGGCGCUGCCGCUCUCCACCGACUCGCGGUGGAUCGUCGACGAAGGCGGGCGGAGGGUGAAGCUGACCUGCGUCAACUGGGCCUCGCACCUGGAACCCGUGGUGGCCGAGGGCCUCAGCAAGCAGCCCGUGGACGCCAUCUCCAAGCGGAUUACAGCCAUGGGCUUCAACUGCGUGAGGCUCACCUGGCCGCUCUUCCUCGCCACCAACGACUCCCUGGCGGCCCUCACCGUCCGGCAGUCCCUCCGGAGCCUUGGCCUCGCGGAGUCCAUUGCCGGUUUCCAAGUUAACAACCCCUCCAUCAUUGAUCUCCCCCUCAUUAAAGCUUUCCAGGCGGUGGUUUCUAGCCUAGGGAACUAUAUGAUAAUGGUGAUUCUGGACAAUCACUUGAGCAAGCCAGGGUGGUGCUGCAGCAACUUUGACGGCAGUGGAUUCUUUGGGGAUCAGUUCUUCAACCCUGACCUCUGGCUCAAGGGCCUCACUCGGAUGGCCACCCUCUUCAAUGGCACUUCGAACGUGGUGGGCAUGAGCUUGAGGAAUGAGCUCCGAGGCCCCAGGGAGAAUGUCAACGACUGGUACAGGUACAUGCAGAGGGGGGCUGAAGUAGUGCACGCAGCAAACAAGGACAUUCUGGUCAUACUCUCGGGGCUGUCUUACGACACCAACCUCUCUUUCCUCCUCAACCAGCAGGCCAACUUGUCAUUCACCGGAAAGCUGGUGUUUGAGCUCCACUGGUACGGGUUCUCAGACGGGGAUGCUUGGGCGAACGGGAACCCGAACCAGGUGUGUGGGAGGGUGGUGGACAAUGUGAUGAAUAGGGCAGGGUUCCUUGUGGAGAAGGGGUGGCCCUUGUUUGUGAGUGAAUUUGGGGCAGACCAGAGAGGGACCAAUGUGAAUGACAAUAGGUACUUGAGUUGCUUCUUUGGGGUGGCAGCUGAGCUUGACUUGGACUGGGCACUGUGGGCGCUGGCUGGGAGUUACUAUAUAAGACAAGGGGUGAUCGGGGUGGAGGAGCCCUAUGGGAUGUUGGGUUGGAAUUGGUGUGAGACACGGAAUGCUACCUUCUUGGCGAGGAUCGCUGGCCUUCAAUCUCCUUUUCAAGGGCCAGGCCUAUCAGAAACUAAACCACAUAACCUAAUUUUCCAUCCACUGACGGGUCUCUGCAUCCAAAGAAAAUCAUUGUUUGGAUCAUUGAAGUUAGGUCCCUGUUCAGAGGCAGAGGCCUGGAGCUACACUCCCCAGAAGACACUAACCAUCAAAGGCACCUACCUGUGCUUGCAAGCAGAUGACGUAGGGGAACCUGCAACACUUGGAAUCAUUUGCAGCGGUGCAGAUUCGAAAUGGAACCCCAUUUCAGAUUCUAAGAUGCAUCUCUCCUCCAACAUCACAAACGAUGUUUCGCUCUGCCUGGACGUCAACCCUACCAGCAAAACCAUUGUUACCAACACCUGCAAAUGCUUGAGUAGGGACAGUUCGUGCGACCCUGCAAGCCAGUGGUUCAAAAUUAUCAACAGCACGAGAUGUUCGAGCUCAACCACACAGAAAUCUUUUCUCAAUCUAAACUCGCUGUUGGAUUUUGGAUUGACAGGGAGUCUUUGAGCUUACCAUGAGAAAAAAAAUAAUGAUGCUAGUGAAAGAGAAAAUAUAUAUAUAUAUAUAUAUAUAGAGAGAGAGAGAGAGAGAGAGAGAGAGAGAGAAAGAUAUUAAAACACGUACACUGAAAUUCAAAGAACUAGCAUGACUUGAAAUAAUGAAAUUCUAGUGGAGAUACUAACGGGCAAUCUCUCAAUGCAUAUGGGAGUUGUCCCAUUAUAUAAUACAAAAUUCAAUAUGAGACAGUUGUUUUGCCAGAAA